GAGGUCAAAUUGAAACCAAAACGAAAAUCUUCAAUUAAAAAGGAAACUAAAGAAAAAUCACCCGAGGAAGCUUCUUUUAUUCUUAAGCGUCCAAAAGAAAAAUUAGAAAAUAUAACAGAUCUAGAUCAGCCUGAAGAAGUUUAUACAGUUAUGAAAACUCACAAGAGUCCUUUAAUGUCGAAUAAUGAGUUUUCUGAAACUGUAGAGUUUAAAGUGAAACCUAAACGAAGUUCGUCGACCUAUAAUGUUGAUGAAGGAACUGAAGAAUCGUUUAAAAUAGAUUUAAAUCCCAAUAAAGAGUUUCAGGAUAUACCUAUUUAUGAAGAAGAGUCGUUAGAUUUUAAAGUUAAACGAAAACCAUCAAUAAAAUCUUUCAGCCAAGAUGGAGCUGAGUUGAAAAUAGUUCAAGAAAAAGACAUUUUUUUGAAGGAUAAUUCUAUUUUACAAGAAGAUAAUCAUGAUGGUGAAAUAAUGUUUGCAAUCCGCACAUACAUUGCUGAAAAUGAAGAUGCUUUAGAUUUAGUCGAAGGAGAAAAAGUUUAUGUUAUAGAAAGCAAUAAUCAAGAAUGGUGGUUUGUUAAAAAACAUUUAACGGAAGAAAAAGGUUGGGUUCCUUCUAUUUUCCUAAGAGAUGAAACCAGUUACAUGCGUUACGUGCAAAAGAAAUUACAUGAAAAGAUUGAUAGACUGCCAAUUUUCCAGAGACAUGCUUCAAAUGAAAAACCUUCAGCUCCUCGUUUUGUUGAAAAACUUCAACCCAAGCAUGUGCCAGAUGGUGGUACAGUUCAGUUUGAAUGUCACGUAGAAGGAAAUCCUAGACCACAAAUUACAUGGUUCAGACAAACGGCAAUAAUUAAACCUUCUCAAGAUUUCCAAAUAUUCUAUGAUGAAGAUAAUGUUGCAACGUUAAUAAUUAGAGAAGUUUUUCCUGAAGAUGCGGGUACAUUUACUUGUGUUGCUAAAAACGUAGCUGGAUUUGCAUCUAGUACUACAGAAUUAACCGUCGAAGCCCCAUUAUCAGACCAUGGCUCUGAUGUAACAGGUCUUUCCAGAAAGAGCAUGUCUAGAGAAUCAUCAUUAGCUGAUAUACUAGAAGGUAUACCCCCGACAUUUUCACGUAAACCAAAAGCCACGUGUACAUCAGAGCAUUCGGAUGUUACAAUUGAAUGUCGUCUAGUAGCUGUGCCAGAACCAGACAUAUUCUGGCAUUAUAAUGGCAAAGAAAUUUCAAUCACCGAUUCCAUAAAAGUGAAUACAUACUCAGAUAUGCACUUCUACGUGAGCAACAUUAAAAUUAAUGACGUCCAAAAAACUCAAGAAGGUAUAUACACUGUAAUAGCGAGAAAUAGAGAGGGUGAGGCUAAAAUGGAUUUAGUGCUCAAAGUUAAAACUGGAUUACCAGAGAAACCACAAAUACUUGAACCACUUUAUGACAUAACUAUAAAUGAGGGAGAAACUGCAGUGUUAAGUACUCAAAUUAGUGGAGAGCCACAACCUAUGGUAGAAUGGCUAAAAAAUAGUAAAAAAAUAACAGAUAUAAAAACUGUUGUGACUAAAGAUGGCGUCCAUUCAUUAACCAUCGAUAACCCAACUCCUCGUGAUUCCGCAAAAUACACUGUAAUCGCUUCGAACAAACUUGGUAAUGCACAAACUACGUGUUUCCUAGCAGUUGAAGAACUUCCUGGUCCACAAGCGCCGUUGUUUAUUGAACGCUUCCAAGAACAGACCGUCAAAGAAAAGGGAACUAUUACAUUGAUUGCUAAAGUAACCGGGAAUCCAGUUCCAAUAGUUUCUUGGUUCAGAAACAAUAAACCAUUACUUGCUUCAUCCAAGAAAAAAGAAGUAUUUGAUGGCGAAAAUAUAGUUUUAGAAAUUGUAAAUGCUGAUAGUGAAGAAGACGCCGGUGAUUAUAAAUGUGUUGCAUCAAACACAUUUGGUACCGCCACCCAUGGUGCUAGGGUGUCGGUUGAUGUACCGCAAGUGAAAUUCACGCGACCAUUAAUAGACAUAGAAGUUGAUGAAAAACAAUCGAUUUAUUUGGAAUGUGAAACAUCCCAUACAGUUUCCACAAAAUGGCAAUUGAAUGGCAAAGACCUUACCGGUAUGGACCACCGAGAAUUGCACCAAGAAGGACGAUUCCAUCGGUUAAUUAUCAAAAAAUCAAGCAUUCUCGAUUCCGGAAAAUACACUUGUUUGGUUAAAGACCAGAUUACUUCCUGCAAAGUAGUGGUUCACGACGUGAAAGCAGAAUUCAUUAAGAAACUUGAAGAUGUUGAAGUAAAAGAGAACGAUUGUGCAAUAUUGGAGGUAGAAGUUUCUUCAGAAACUGUGAAUGUUACUUGGCACAAGAAUGGUGAAAUGCUUACGGACGGUAUGAAAAAUAAAAUAUUCUUUGAAAAAGAAGGUCAAACACGUAAGCUAAUUAUUCGAAGUAUAUCUGUUCACGAUGACGGCGAAUAUACAUGUUCGUUGGGUGAACAAGAAUGUACAGCAGAAAUAAAUGUUAUAGAACUUGCACCACAAAUAAUAAAAAAACUAAAAGAUCAAAUAGUGGCUACUGGUGAACAAGUGUUAUUUGAAAUAGAAUUAACUAAAGGUGAUGCUUUAGUUAAAUGGACAAAAGAUGGCAAAGAAUUACACUUUAAUAACAAUAUAAGAUUAACUAUUGAUGGCAAACGACAAAAAUUAGAAAUAGUCAAAGCUACAAUAGCUGAUACUGGAGUUUAUGGAUGUCAAGUUCAUGAACAAACUUGUACAGCAAAAUUGACUGUCGAAGAACCAAGAGCCAGUUUUGUGAAAAAAUUACCUGAUAUCACCCUCGCCGUUCAGGGUAGUGAUAUUAAACUAACAGUCGAGCUUUCUAAACCGGAUAUACCAAUAAAAUGGCUAAGAUCAGGUAAAGUGAUCAAAGAAUCUGAAAAAUAUGAAAUAAUUUCUGAAGGAGCCGUCCACACUCUAGUUAUUAAAAAACCUACUACUGAUGACGAAGCAGAAUAUAUUUGUACAGCUGUUAACAUAAAAACAUCAACGAAAUUAAAAGUUGAAGUUAAAGAAGAACCUCCCAAAAUAAAUAACCUACCAAAAGAAUAUCGUUUGAAAAAUGGGGAAGAUCUAAACGUAAAUGUAACAUUUAAGUCAACAACGUUACCGACAGUAGAAUGGUUUAUCAACGGAAACGUCCUAAUAAAAUCAAAUAAAGUAUCCUAUUCUAUUAAUGAAUCAUCAGCGAGUUUAACGAUAACGAAGAUCGAAGAGGUAGACACGGGUAUUUUAACAUUAAAAUUAAAAAAUAUUUUCGGUGAAACCACAGCAGAUAUGGACAUUAUUGUUAUAAAAGUACCUGGCGAACCGGGAGUUCCGGAUGUUAUAGAAGUUACAGAUAAUUCUGUCACACUUCAUUGGAAACCUCCACAAUUUGAUGGAAAUUCACCAAUUGAAGGUUACGUUGUUGAAUAUCAUGACAAAGAUGAAUUUAUGGUGUGGCAUAAAAUACACGUAACAGAUACUACGCACGAAAUUAUAAAUUUAGUAACUGGACAUGAAGUUAUGUUUAAAGUAGCAGCGAUAAAUUGCGCUGGAAUAGGACCUGCAUCACACAACACAAAAUAUGUUAAGAUAGCAAGUCCAGGGUCAUUUACUCCACCUGUCAUUCAGGAACCCCUAUCUGACUUAUCAAUUGGAAUGGGUAAAUCGGUAGUUCUUCAGUGUGUCAUUACUGGGAAACCAACGCCGGAUAUUAAAUGGUUUAAGAACAAAACCAUAUACAAAACAAAGACAACGUCCUUUGAAAACCACGUAGCUAAGUUGACAAUCACCGAGUGCAACGAAUCUACAACCGGCACUUACACGUGCCAAGCGACCAACGGAGCAGGUACUGCCCAAACAUCGUGCAAACUCAGCGUACAAGACGUACCCAAAAUUGAAGUCCAUGAAUCGGAAACUUCACAAAUGAUUAGGGUACGAAAUCAAUGGAAAGUUAAGGCUACAUACAAGGGUUAUCCGAAGCCGACAAUUUCGUGGCAAAAGAACAGUCUACCAUUACCAGUUGCUGAUAAGCACAUAAGCGUGUACGACGACGACGACGAAUGGUCAACAACAAUAGCUAUUUACUCGGUGGAAAGACCCGACACUGGUGUGUAUACGAUAACCGCAUCAAACGCUGCCGGCACGGCUACGUGCAAUCUGAACCUCAAAGUUAUUGAGCCGGCUAAAGACGAUAAACCAAGCGCGCCACAAGGCCCGAUGCGCAUCAAAGAAAUCAACUCGGACUCUGUGACAAUCGAAUGGAACAAACCAUCCGAUGACGGUGGGUUGGACAUAUCAUCAUACCAGAUUGAAAGGUGCAACGUGGGCAAAAUGAUUUGGUCUAAAGUAGCCGACGUAGACCAAGAUGUAUCAGCAUACAGCGUUCAAAAAUUACACGAAGACGCCGAGUACAUGUUUAGAGUUUGUGCUCAAAACGCUGUUGGCGCAUCAGACUUUUUGGACAGCGAACCUGUUACUGUUAAGUGUCGAUAUCAUAAACCGUCAGCACCACAGGGUCCAUUGCAGAUCACGGGUGUGACAGAUACAUCUUUGACAAUCGCUUGGUUACCACCUUUCGAUAAUGGUGGAAUAGCAAUCGAAGACUAUUGUGUGGAAAUCAAGGAGGUAGACAAAAAAGCUUGGAGAAAGAUUAGUUCCACGAAAGACUUACACUUAAAGGUGUCGGACUUGAAGAAGGGAUCGUCCUACCACGUCAGGAUUACCGCUAGAAAUCACGUGGGUUAUGGGAAACCAUAUCAACCAGACGAUCCGAUUGUAGCCGGCAAGCGCAUAAGCUUUAGAAAUGGAAUAUCCGAUGAAACACUAUACGUACUUAUGGGAAUAUUCCCAACGAAAUCAAAAGCUUCCGCUUCGCCGUCCCCGCCCACGGAAUUCACUGUGAGUGACAUUACCAGCAAAACCGUUACGUUGCAUUGGGGACUACCAGAAAGUAAUGGUGGAUCUGAGAUCACAGGUUAUGUGAUUGAAAAACAACUGAACACAACGAAUAAAUGGUUCAAAGUAGCUACACUAGAACCGACUGUAAUGAAAUAUUGCGUAGAAAACUUGAAAGAAAAAUCGGAAUACUACUUUAAGAUUUAUGCGGAAAAUUGCAUCGGCCUUAGUCAAUCGGUCGAAACGAAAUUAGUCAGUCUGUUAACUCAUGCCACUGUACCCUCACCUCCAACCGCUCCGCUUGAAGUUCGAAACCUAAGUACCAACGCAGUGGUCGUAGAAUGGGGUGUACCGGAAACGGACGGUGGUGCGCCACUGCUAGGUUACAACAUAGCAAUUCGGGACGAGAAGAAAACUAUGUGGAUGGAAGUUGGCCGGGUGGACAUGGACGUACAAAAAUUCAAUAUCAAAGAUUUACAGGAAAACCAUAGGUAUCACAUUAGGAUAUUAGCCAAGAACGAAGUAGGCGUCAGCGAGCCAUUAGAAACUGAAGAACCGUACACCGUACAAAAACCAACAGAUUAUUACGAGUCGGACGUUGAAGAAUCGGUCAUGGAGUCAAAACCGUCUCUAACGCAAACGUCAGAAACCACUACGUCAUGGCUCAGAGAAAACAACAUGGACGCUGACAUAUCGUCUUACUCUAACGCUGCAUUAUUGAAGAGGAGUGAAUACUUUUUCCGCAUUUGGUAUUAUGCGAGAACAUUAUUCAAAUAAUAAAUACACAUCAUCAUCAUUAUUAUUAUUAUUAUUAUUAUUAUUAUUAUUUAUAUUAUUACCUAUUUUUAUUAUUACCUAUUACCCUUUAUUAUUACCUAUUUUUAUUGUCAAACUAAUGUUAACAUAUGAAUGAGAUGAAAAAUUUUCGUAUCGACGUUCCCUGAGUCGAGAUGAAAAGUGUUCACCAAUUUCUAUGUUAUUGUUUUGUUUUAUUUUUUUUUUUAAACGAUUGUGAUAAAAAAAAAUAAUAUAUAUAUAUAUAUCUUUUUAAUUUUAGUAUAAUAAUUCCCUAUCCUUUCCAAAUCCCUGUUAUUAAUUGUCUAAUAUGUUUAAUUUAUAAAUAAAAAAUGGUGGUAACUUAA